UUUUCUAAUAUUCAAAAUACUUGAAAAAAAUUUAAAAAAAAAAAUAAAAAAAAAUUUUUUUUAAUUCGUUAUUAAUUCUCAAUCGAAGUGUAAAAAAAAAUAUAUUCUCAUGGAUCACGACGAGCGAAGAGGAUCUUUAUGGUUGGCAUUAGGAGAACCAAAUAAACGAAAAAAAAUAUUGGUUGGAAAAUUAAGAGGAAAAUAUUUAUUUCGCGCAAUAGUGAGACUUGUGAUAGAAUAUAAAAAUUGGAUAGAUGAAAAAUUAGUUGUAGAAGAACCAGAAACGGGGACGAAGAAAAAGAAUAGAUUCGAAGAAAAAAAGGAACUUUCCUUGAAGGAUCGAUCGAUUCUUUUAAUUGAUCCACAACACAGAACAAGAGAUAAUAGAGCGUACAUUUGGCAAUUGAUGAGAAAUUUUCAAAUUUUGAAAAAAUAUGAGGACAAUCUCAGAGAGUCAUUGGCGCCUGUUUGUCGUUAUCAGUACGUCACUGCACAGAGGGUUAUCGUACGUCAGGGGCAUCCACCCGAGGCACUUUAUUAUAUCGUUAGUGGACAAGUUGAUUUGUCAAAAAUCGAAAUCGAUAAUGUAACAGGUGACGAAAUAGAAACAAAUGUUGGUACAUUAACUUCCGGAGAUAUAUUUGGCGAAAUUUCACUAUUGCACAAAGUUCCAAGAACAAUGACAAUCACUAGUAAAACUCCUGUCGACUUGCUGUACAUCGCAAGAAAAGAUUUCAAUGAAAUUUUGAAAUUUUCUCUAAUGGAGGAAUGGGACAUAUUUCAGGACGCUUUGAAUAAUUUCAAUUACUUUAAAGGUUGGGACGAAAAAUUAAUGCGCGAAUGUUGUAUUCUCAGUAAAGUCAAAAAUUACAAACCAAAUGAGAUUAUUAUUGGCGAUGGCAAGGGUAUGGUAAAUUAUGUUCACUUCGUUCUUGCUGGUGAAUGUAAAUUAAUAGAGCACAUGAUACUGAAGGAGAAAAAAUUUAAACGAGAAACACAAUAUAGCUUAUAUAAUCCUGAAAACCAUGGAUCAAAAUUAAAUGAAAAUAAUAUUUUAAAAAAUCAAAAAUUAACAGAAAACGAUAGGAAACUAAAUCAAAAUGAAUGGGAGUUUGAAAGAGUAAGAAGUUUUGAGUCAGUAAAACCGAUUUCAAUCACUGAAUUGACAGAGUAUUUGAAACGAAAGCGAUUUCCGAGUAAAGAUCGAUUGAGUAUGGCUACUGUAACACUUUUAGAUGUUAUAAAUCAAUGGCAUGAAAUUACGGAAACUGCUACUAUAUUGAUGAAAAAACCUUCGACAAUAUCACAGCAACAAUAUCCAAAAAAUGUUCGAACAAUAUUUAUGCAAAUUUGCAUAUUCUACAGAGGAUCUUGUUUUGCCUUGGGUGAAGAGAUGCGAAAUAGACGAAUAGUUUCAUUAACUGAUGUGAAAUGUUUACUAAUUCCACGUUACUGGCUGUUGAAGCAAAACAGGGCUAAUAUUUGGGAACGAGUGAAAUUAUUUCUAAAUUCCAAGUAUCCUAAUAGAGAUGAAUUACUUCAAAAAUUUGCAUCACAAAGAAAAUGGAUAAAAUACAGACAAUCUUUAGUGGAAGAAAUAAUAGAGAGAAAUGGUCGUCAAAUACCUAAUGAUACCAGCAGGAGUGACGUCCCCUACUCCAUAAGAAUUAACGAGAUUUACUAAAAUAUUUUAAAAAAACAAUUUUCUUUUAAUAUCUUUUUAUUUUAUGUACAGUAAUUAA